AUGAAGCUCAUUGUCCUUAAUUUUAUGACGGCUACCCUGGCGUCAGCUAUCUCCUCACAAUCGACUGACGCAAAUCCCCCACAAACUUUAGACCGCGUAUGGUCCGGUGUUAAGCAGAGCGGAAGUGGAUUUACCUCGGUGACUGGCACAUUCACAGUUCCAAAUGGCGGCAAAAGCUUUGGUCCUUCUAUUUGGGUUGGAAUCGAUGGUUCCGCAGAAUGCCCUGGAGGUGGUCUAUUACAAACAGGCGUCAGGCUCACCGGCAAUGGCACAGCGUUCGGCUGGUUUGAGUCGGUUCCUCUAAGCGCGCCGGUUUUUGAGAACUUCGAAGUCGGCGAGGGCGACGACAUCAGAAUGACUAUCAACGCCUACGGACCUUUCAAUGGCUCCGCUAUCUUAGACAACCUCAGCACUGGGCAGACUGUAUCGCACACUUUUACCGGCACUGAUGCACCAUCAGAUGCACCGCUGUGUCAGAAAAGUGUUGAGUGGAUUGUCGAAGACUACAACAAUUCUGGAGGCAAUGAUACCGGCAUCGUAGCCUCUCCCGACUAUGGUACUAUCACUAUCCGAAACGCGUCAGCGCAGGGAUCGGCGGGCAGAGUCACUCCCGAUGGCGGUGAGUUGAUUGAGCUGUUUGAUACGAGAACUAGUACUGUUUUGUCGCAGUGCUCUACUGGGAAAGAAGAGGUUAUAUGCAAAUAUGUUGGGCCACCGACUGAUAACUAA